GCUUGAGCCAGUGUUUACCGUUGCUAAGUAACAGGCACAAAAAUCAGACAGCUAAAACCUCUACACGUAAGUAUCGGUGCAGAUUUAUUUUUUGUUUAAGAUGACAGGAAAACAGACACGGGAUUUUAUCCAGCAAAACGCAAUUCACGUUGAGAUGAUCCGGAAGGAGCAAAGACACCACAGACUCCACACCGAGUUCAGCAUCAAUCCACACAGGAAAUUACAUGUCCUGGCAGACAAACCCAUGUCUAGGAACUCAGAAGAAGUUAUUGAAGAGAACUCUGACUUCAUCAAGGCUUUUCAUAACGCCCGCCAGGAACCCACCAAAAAAUAUACAAGUCCGGUGACCGAGAGUCAGGAGCUAGGAUGGCUGUCGGCUUCACUGAUCCCAUCAAAUCGUGACGACAGGAGAUUCAAUUUCUACCGGUGCAGCACGGACAUCACCAAAUAUAAAGAAUCUGCCCUACGAUCAUCAAAUUAGACAAUGACACUUACAAUGGAGAUCUCCAUAAAGUGAACAACUGGUUCAGGUUUAUUGCCCUUUCACAUUUCUGUCUUUGCAAACUAAGAAAAGCACUUGCAGGGGAACCAUUUGCACAGAUCUAUACAAAACACAGUCGCCCAUCACAUAAUCAUUAAUGAAUGGGAAAGGGCAAAGAUGGCAGCUGCUCAAUAUUAUAAAAUGUCAUGACACAUGGGGGAGAAGCAGCUGAGUUGGGGGGAAAAAAACAAACAAACUAUACACCAAAUUCCAGAGCUCACAGUGUAAUUUAACCAGAGAAGAGGGCUGUGUAGAUACAA